CGAUGGGAUGCGCUGGGAUGAGCUGGGGUGCGAUGGGAUGCGCUGGGAUGAGCUGGGGUGCGAUGGGAUGCGCCGGGCUCCUGAGCAGAGCGCUCGGGCUGCGCAGCCGGGCUGGGGCUGAUGCGAGAGCGGCUCUGAGCUGCGCUGCUGCUGCUGCUGCUGCCCGGGGAGAUCUGGGGAGGGGAGGGGUCCCGAGGUGUCACUGUCACCCCGAGCAGGGGGCUGGCUCUGAAGAAGCUCUGCUCUCUCCCCAGAGCCUCUCUGACCGCGCUGUCGGCACAGACCCACCGGCAGAGAGGACAGGUCAAAGGCAGAACAGAGGGAUGAGGACUCGCCUGGGCUGCCUGUCUCACAAAUCAGACUCAUAUAAUGAUUUCACAGCUAUUCUUCCGGACAAGCCCAACCGGGCUUUGAAAAGACUGUCAACAGAAGAAGCGACAAGAUGGGCAGAUUCUUUUGAUGUCCUUUUGUCCCAUAAAUAUGGGCUGGCAGCGUUCCGUGCUUUCCUGAAGACGGAGUUCAGCGAGGAGAACCUGGAGUUCUGGCUGGCCUGCGAGGAUUUCAAGAAGACGCGCUCGGCAGCCAAGCUGGCCUCCAAGGCCCAGCGCAUCUUCGAGGAGUUCAUCGACGUGCAGGCUCCUCGGGAGGUGAACAUAGACUUCCAGACACGGGAGCUGACGAGAAGAAAUGUGCAGGAGCCCUCCCUCUCUUGCUUUGACCAAGCUCAGGGGAAGGUGCACAGCCUGAUGGAGAAAGACUCGUACCCCAGGUUCCUGAGAUCCAAAAUUUACACAGACCUGCUGUCUCAGACCCAGAGGAGGCUCAGCUAG